AUGAUGAUGUGGCAACGAUAUGCAAGGGGUACGCCACGCUCAUGGACAUCACUCGCGUUUGGCAAAACUAGCCGCUUAUCAAACAUGAGUCCGGUGCUUCGCCCACGCAUGCCAGUCCACCAGCGCUUGCAGACGUUAUCUGGUCUGGCAACCAGCAACACAAUAUACCGUUCUACUCAAAUACGUGCUUUCCAUGUCUCAUGGACGAGGUCCAAUGAAAGUAGGCCAAAUAAAGACGACGAGGGCCAAAACAAUGGCAAUAAAGAUAAUAAUGGGAAGGACGGAAAAGACAAGAAAAAUGAGUUUAAUUCGUUAUCAGAAUACUUUAAAUCUAAGGAAUUUGCAAAUACGAUGUUUUUGACCAUCGGAUUCACAAUCAUAUUUACUUUACUGACACCUUCUAGUAGCAACUCAGGAGACGACUCUAAUCGCGUCUUGACUUUCCAGGAUUUCAAAACAAAGUACUUGGAAAAGGGACUUGUGUCCAAGAUCUACGUCGUUAAUAAGUUUCUCGUAGAGGCCGAAUUAGUUAAUACAAAGCAAGUUGUCUCGUUCACCAUUGGUUCAGUGGAUAUUUUUGAGGAGCAGAUGGACCAGAUCCAGGACCUCUUGAACAUCCCGCCUCGUGACCGAAUUCCCAUCAAAUACAUUGAGAGGUCAUCUCCCUUCACAUUUUUGUUCCCCUUCCUGCCCACUAUCAUCUUGCUUGGUGGCCUCUACUUUAUUACGAGGAAAAUAAAUAGUUCGCCGCCCAAUGCAAAUGGCAGUGGUGGUGGGGGCCUCGGAGGCAUGUUUAAUGUAGGCAAAUCGAGAGCAAAGCUGUUCAAUAAGGAAACAGACAUUAAAAUUUCAUUUAAGAAUGUCGCCGGCUGUGAUGAAGCUAAGCAGGAAAUUAUGGAAUUUGUCCACUUUCUGAAAAAUCCAGCUAAGUACACUAAACUGGGUGCCAAGAUUCCACGAGGUGCUAUUCUUUCUGGACCUCCAGGUACCGGUAAGACCCUUUUGGCCAAGGCGACCGCGGGUGAGGCAAACGUUCCUUUCUUGUCUGUGUCAGGUUCUGAGUUCGUCGAAAUGUUUGUUGGGGUGGGUGCUUCUCGUGUAAGAGACUUGUUCACCCAAGCAAGAUCUAUGGCCCCCUCCAUUAUCUUUAUAGAUGAAAUCGACGCUAUUGGUAAAGAAAGAGGCAAAGGCGGCGCCCUUGGUGGCGCUAACGAUGAAAGGGAGGCUACGUUGAAUCAAUUAUUAGUGGAAAUGGACGGUUUUACUACUUCCGAUCAAGUCGUCGUUCUUGCGGGCACAAAUAGGCCCGAUGUGCUGGAUAAUGCUUUAAUGAGGCCCGGAAGAUUCGAUAGACAUAUCCAAAUUGACUCUCCCGAUGUCAAUGGUAGGCAACAAAUAUAUUUAGUUCAUAUGAAAAGACUGAAUCUAGAUCCUCUUCUUACAGAUGACAUGAAUAAUCUUUCCGGGAAAUUGGCUACGCUUACUCCAGGCUUCACUGGUGCAGAUAUUGCUAAUGCUUGUAACGAAGCUGCAUUGAUCGCUGCCAGACAUAAUGACCCAUAUAUCACUAUCCAUCAUUUUGAACAAGCCAUUGAAAGAGUCAUUGCUGGACUGGAAAAAAAGACAAGAGUCCUUUCUAAAGAGGAGAAAAGGUCUGUGGCCUAUCAUGAGGCAGGCCAUGCUGUUUGUGGUUGGUUUCUAAAAUAUGCUGACCCACUUUUGAAAGUAAGCAUUAUUCCGCGUGGUCAAGGUGCUUUAGGUUAUGCUCAAUACCUACCACCAGACCAAUACUUGAUAUCCGAGGAACAAUUCAAACAUAGAAUGAUCAUGGCCCUUGGUGGUCGUGUUUCUGAAGAGCUGCAUUUCCCAUCGGUGACUAGUGGUGCUCAUGACGAUUUCAAAAAAGUCACACAGAUGGCAAAUGCAAUGGUCACAUCUCUAGGAAUGUCACCCAAGAUUGGCUACCUAUCAUUUGACCAAAAUGAUGGAAAUUUUAAAGUUAAUAAACCCUUCAGCAAUAAAACGGCAAGAACCAUUGAUUUGGAAGUUAAAUCCAUAGUAGAUGAUGCUCACCGAGCUUGUACAGAAUUGCUAACCAAAAAUUUGGACAAAGUCGAUCUCGUCGCUAAAGAAUUGCUACGUAAGGAAGCAAUCACUAGAGAAGACAUGAUUAGAUUAUUAGGUCCAAGGCCAUUCAAGGAAAGAAACGAGGCUUUUGAAAAAUACUUAGAUCCAAAGAACAAUAAUGAACCACCUGCGGCACCUGCGGCAACAAAUUAA